AUGUCGCCCCAAACGGCCUCUCCGCAGGGCAGCCGGCCAGGGGAGCCGCCCUCGUCGGGCAUCUCCGACGACGACGCCGUGGCCUUCUCGUCGUCUUCGUCGCCGGCGGCCGGCAGCCUGCUUUCGUCUCCCAGCGCCUGCCUGCUGGUGCUGGGCGGAGGGGCCUCCCGCGGCUCGCCUCCCGCCGGGCCCGCCAAGCAGCAGCCGCCGCAGGCCAAAGGGAGCCGUCGGGGCCGCGGCAAGAGCAAAGGCAAAGGCGACGGCGGCCCGGGCCUGAGCAAAGCCAAGCGCAGCCGGCGCAUGAAAGCCAACGACCGCGAGCGGAACCGGAUGCACAAUCUCAACUCGGCGCUGGACGCCUUGCGCGGGGUCCUGCCCACCUUCCCCGACGACGCCAAGCUCACCAAGAUCGAGACGCUCCGCUUCGCCCACAACUACAUCUGGGCCCUCACCGAGACCCUCCGCCUGGCCGACCACAGCAUGCUGGCCGCCCCCGACGACAAGCCGCUGGGCCCCGACGCCCUGGCCUCCUGGCACGCGCUCUACUCGCCCGCCUCCUCGCAAGAGGGCAGCCUCAGCCCCACUGACUCGCCCCGAGGCGGCUGCCCCUUGCAGGCCCCCGCCGCCGGCCCGCUGGGCCUCAGGCACGCUUUCCCGGGCUUCGCCUGA